AUGUGGAAAUCAAUACUCAUUCUAAUUUGCUUUUUACAAUUUUAUGUUUUAUCGUCAAAUCUGUAUGUUUUUACUAACCGAUCUCAUACCUUCGGGAAAGGCCGAGUAAUAAUAACAUUGCAGUCCUUACAUCAAAAAUGGUUUACUACGAAAGUCUCUUUAAAUGGAUACAUUUUGGUAGAUUAUUUUCAGACAAAUUCAAGUGAGCGAAAAGAAGCGUUUCUUUGGUAUAGGACCUCGAAUUUAGAAAAAACGUUGGCCUAUUUUGGAAUAACCACGGAUAUGCAAAUACCCUAUGAUGAGUGUUACUUCCAUGCUUCCGAAGUUAAUUUUUUUUCAAACGGUUUCUUUAGUGUGGUUGCUUUAAUUACUAGUGACGGCUUUUUUGGAAAUGAACUACAGGCCAAGACUUAUACAUUCGUUAAAACAAACUUGCAUAUAACUUGUGAGCCUACAUUUUAUAUUCCUCGUUGUCAUGACUCAAGUCGUCCACUACACUAUGAAACUUCAAAGGUAGUGGUCAUAAGGGCUGUAUUUACUCGACACUGUCCUAUGGACAACUUUAUUCAAUAUUAUUGGACUCUUCAUGACAGUACGGAGACAGAACUUUUGGGUUUUUUGGCUGUGACUAUGAGACCAGAAUUUAAGAUAAAGAAAUAUCUUCUUAAUUUGAGCCAACAGUCACCAUUAAAUCGAAUGGUGCUAGUUCGUGUCAAUGCUAAAAUAGUUGGGCGCCGCGUACCUCUUGUUGCAAGG